UCGAGGACGAGAUACUCGUGCUGUGUUCUGUGCUGUGACCCACUAAAAAUCUGAAAAGAAGAAAUCUUAAAGAAUUUUAAAAAAUUAAAAGAUAUCCUUGUGCUGUGCCGAAAAUAACCAGAAAAGUGCUUCGUGAAAAUGUCGAAUCAAAUGGAGUUCAUUAUGCAACUCUACAUGAUGAACUUGAUGAAGCAGCAGCAGCAGCAACUGCAGCAGCAGCAACAGCAGCAGCCGCUGGCUGGAUACACCUACACCCAGAACGAGGAUAUCUCGAGCAGCACUUGCCUGCAGCAGCAGCAACAUCAGCAGCAGCAACAGCAAUCGCAACUGCAACAGCCACAGCAAGAUCAUCUCAAGACAAGAACGCACAAACGCAUUAGCUCGCAAAACACCAACUGUAGUAGUAGCCGUAGUUGUAGUCCCAAUAGUAAUUUGAUUGCUUUUCAACCACAUCAAUAUACAGGCGCUACAGCAGCAACACCAACACCCAACAACACACCUAACAACAACCUGGUCAGCCAAAUGUUGCUCAACACCCUGCCGCCGCUGACGCAGUACAUGCUGCAGCAACAGCAGCAGCAGCAGCAGCAGCAACAUUUGCUGACCACCCCCAACCUCCUACUAACCCCCACCCACACCCCCAGCUCCCUGGGAAAGCUGGACCCGCCGCAACACCAGUUGCUGCUGGGCCAACUGGCCGGCUCCGAACAGUUUACCACAAAUAAUUUUCUGCAAUCCUCCACAGUGACAUCCACGCCAAUCGAGAAGGCAGCCACCCCAGCGACAUCCGCAAGAGCAACUGCCGGCAACCUUUCGGCGGUCACGAUCAAGUUUGAGCAGGACUCCGCCGACGACGAGGACGAUGACAAGCCGCUGUCCAGCCUCAACAGCUGCAGUUCCUCGGGCCACAGCCACACCAACGCCAGCUCCGAGAAGCUGCUCCUCUCGGGCGUCCAUCCGCUGGAGUCAACCUCCGACAGCCUUGACUCACCCAGCAUGUACACGCCCGUCAAGCAGCCGGCGGACUCAUCGUACCACAUCACGCCCGUCGAAAGCGAACUGACCCCCAACACCCCCCUCCAACAGACCCAGACCACCUCCCUGCUGACCCCCCCUUCCAGCGAGCAGAGCAAGAGCCUGGUCAGCCUCUCGGCGGCCAGCGGCCUGGACGCACUCCUCCAGAACGAGGAGGUCCUGAAGAACCUGCGCAAGGUGUCCUCCUACCUGGAGUGCGAGAACAGCCUGUGCCGGCAGGAGAACCUGCGGGAGCACUUCCACUGCCACGAGGAGCCCUGCCAGGGCAAGAUCCUGAGCAAGAAGGAUGACAUCAUCCGGCACCUCAAGUGGCACAAGAAGCGCAAGGAGAGCCUCAAGCUGGGCUUCGCCCGCUUCUCCUCGGCGGACGACUGUGCUCCGGCCUACGGGGAGGGCUGUGCCUACAACUGGAAGCAGACCCACUACCACUGCGUCUACGAGCACUGCCCGAAGGUCUAUGUGAGCACCAGCGAUGUCCAGAUGCACGCCAACUUCCACCGCAAGGACUCCGAGAUCGUGAACGAGGGCUUCCGGCGCUUCCGGGCGCACGAGAACUGCCGCAUCGAGGACUGCCCCUUCUUUGGCAAGAAGAUCUCGCACUACCACUGCUGCCGCGAGGGCUGUAACCACACCUUCAAGAACAAAGCUGAUAUGGACAAACACAAGACCUACCAUCUAAAGGACCACCAGCUGAAGAUGGAUGGCUUCAAGAAGAUCCUGAAGACCGAGUCGUGUCCCUUCGAGGCCUGCAAGUUCUCCACCGUCUGCAACCACAUCCACUGCGUCCGCGAGGGCUGCGACUACAUCCUGCACUCCAGCAGCCAGAUGAUCAGCCACAAGAGGAAGCACGAUCGGCAGGACGGCGAGCAGGCCUACCAGCAGUUCAAGGUCAAGCAGGACGCGGAGGAGUCCUCGCUGGACGCCGCACCGCAGCAGCAGCCUGUUAGUGUUACCCAACCUCAAGUCAGUCACUCCGUUUGUGGCAGCAACGCCUCCACUCCGCUCUCCUCCCUCUCCGCCGAGCAUUUCCUGUCCCGCAAACGCGGCAGGCCGCCAAAGAAAAUUCAACUGCCCGCCGAUGCUCAGCAGUCGGAUGCCAAGCGCCUAAAGGUCGAGGACGAUACCAGCAAUCCCGCCGUGCUCCUGCCCCAGUCCCAGCCAGCUCCCCUAGUCCACCCGCUGACCAACGGUCUGUUUCCCGGUCUUCUUCCCGCUGCCGCUGCUCCUGGAGUAGAUCCCACGGCCCCCAACUUCCAGCUCACCCACCUGAUGGCCCUCUUCCAGCUGCAAAACCCGCUCUUCUACCAGAACCUCUAUCCCGGAAUGACCCAGAACCCUUCCAUGCUGGGGAAUCUGGCAGCACUUAGUGCCGCUUCAGCAGCAGCGGCGGCGGCAGCGGCGGCAAACGGAGUUGGAGUCCAGCAGCCCAAGGCGGAGUUUAGUUUUAAGCCAGAGUUUAAGGAGUAGAAAGGAUGCAUGUCCUCAGGGUAGUUUGUAGCCAGUUAGUUCGACCGACGGACUUUAGACUUUAUUGUACAUACACGCUUUAAGCAGGCUCCUCCCUUGGGUGGGUUUUUUGGGUGCAAAGGCAGGACCAGGACAUGACAUCCUUUCCUCCACAAAAACCAACUCAGCCACACUUUUGGGAGCUAUAAGUCUCCGUUCAAAGUGUAGCUGAAUUGGCUUUUGUAAAAAGCUUUUCCCUAGCUUAGACUUUUCAGUGCCACAUUAAUUUUUAAAAUUUUCAGCCAUUUUUAAUAAAAAAAGAAGAAUUUCUUGAACUUUAGUUUGACUAAAACUGUGAUGUUUUCAUUAGACUAGCCUCUUUUAAUCGAUAGUGAGAAUGCAGGAUAUGCCGGACUUAGGAGACUUGGAAUAACAUAGCAAAUAAGCAUUAAAUUGUAUGUGAUAUACCAAUAAAAUAAGGCUAAUUGUU